AGUCCCCCUAUUUGCAGCUCUGAAACCCCCAUGGUGGACUGCUGCGAGAUUUACCACCAAGAACCUCCACAGCAGAAGGAGAUCAAAGAAAAACCACGUGAGGAGAAGCGACCCAGAGAGUCACCCAAGGUUGACCAGGGGAGGAUUAACGCCCUUCAGAUACUUGAUGCGAUCUCUGCAGGAGAUGGAUCCAGGGCUGGCGAAGUGUCGACCAUGUUGGAGCAGCAUGCCAGCGACCGCGAGAUCUGCCACUCCUGCGCCAAGGCAGCGGAGCGGAUCUCCUCGUCGGAGCAGGGGCUGGAGCAGCUGACCACGGUGGGAACGAUGCAGAGUUUGUUGCAAGCAUGGCAAACCCAUCGCAACGAUACCUCCCUAACGGUGCACGUGCGCAACAUCGUGGCACGUUUCUGGGAUCGCGCCUCCGGCGACAACCAAUGGAUCUGCUCACCUGCUCAGAUGGCCCUAGGCAAGGAGCUGAUGUCUGGGCAAAGUGAGUGGCUGGCCGACGCCCACCGUGCAGCAGUGUCCUUGCAUGAGAAGGGCUAUAAGACGGCUGCCAUGGAGUUGUACCGACUGUGCAUCGACGAGUUAGAAAAGGCCCAUGGAGCUGAAAAUCAAUGCGCACUGCAAGCACAAAACAACUUAGCUGUCCUCUAUGAGGAAUGCCAGCAGUUCCAGGAGGCGGAGAAGUUACACACAGAGGUUUGUAAGAAGAUGGAAGAACAAUUUGGGGCAGAGCAUGGCGAUGUCACAUCUUCCAAGUUCAAUCUGGCCGCUUUGAAGGCAAAGAUGGGGUCAUUGGAAGAGAGUGAAGCCAUGUAUCGCAAUGUCCUAGAGGUGCGUGAGCGAACCUUGGGGCCACAGCAUGCCAACACCCUCCGCGCAAAGGCGAACCUGGCAGACAUUCUUCGACGUCAGGAUCGCCUCGAGGAGGCUGAGGCGAUGUUGACGAACUUGGUGGAUCAAGCGCGUGUAUCCUUCGGACGAGAUGAUGCCACAACAUUGAAGGGCAGGUGUCAGCUGGCGCACAUCUUGGCACUGCAAGGGGAUGAGACCCGUCAUCGUCAAGCUGAAGCUCAUCUACGUGAAGUGGUGUCGCGCCGCGAGCAGAAGUUGGGCCCCAGCCAUCCCGAGACCUUGACGGCCUUGGGGCGUUUGGCCUUCGUCUUGGAGUGCAGCAAUCCACGUGAGGCCGAACAGUUGAACGAGCAGAUUUGGCAACGCUUGGAUGCCUUGGCACCUUCGGAGAAGCGUCGUGGCCGCGCACGUCAGGGCGUCUUCUCUUUGAGCUUGGCGGAACUUGGUGAGCCUGAAAGGGAGGAAACCUUGGUGCGGCAGGUGGUGGAACGGCGCAGCUCCACCUUGGGUGCCACCCAUCCAGAUACCCUAGCAGCCCGGGCUGAGCUCGCCAACAUUUUAGCCCGCAAGGAGGGUCCAGAGGCAGCCGAAGAAUCCUUGGCGCUGCGACGGGAAGUCGCAAAUCUUAGUGAGACCUGCUUAGGCGUUGAACAUGUGGAGACGUUGGCGGCCAAAGCUGCUCUGGCUGGAGCUAUCCUGAGGUCUUUGGGACCUGAUGCCAAUCCAGCAGAUGUCAAAACAGCAAGGGCAGAAGCUGAAGAACUCCACCUGAAGGCCACUGCUCGCUUCAAAGCGGCCCAAGCACCUUUGCCUACCCCAGCCUUCCCAUCGGCGUUUGCUGCAUAUGCGCCAGCCAGCAACAAAAUUGCAGUCCUUGCACAAGGUUGAACCGCAGCCAUCGUCGAAUGCUGAAGGAAGUGGCGACCGUACUGCUCCAGCUGCAGCUGACAAAAAACAUG